AUGGCUGCCAUCGCCCGCAGCGCUGCGGCUCUCCGCACCGCGCCCCCGGCGCUCCGCGCCGCCGCGCGCGGCGUCGCGUCGAAGCGGCAGAUCAAGCGCGCGAACUUUUUGCGCCGGCGCGGCGCCAAGCCCGACCCGGCGACGUCGCCCGCGGCCGUCGCCGCCGCCGCCGCCGCCGCGGACCUCGAGUGGAACACGGUCGUCCGCGACGUCGCCGAACUCCAGAACGGCUGGACGCCGCCGCCGGAGGAGUCGCCGGCGCACCUGCCCUUCGCCGUGCGGCGGACCGCGAGCGGUUUCCUUCCCGUCUACCCGAAGGUCGGCGCGAACCGGCCGCCGGCGACGGUCCUGCGCGGCGCCUCCGGGGACCUCGACGCCCUCAUCGCCGGCCUCGCGGGCGUCGCGCCGGGGGCCGAGGUCACGAAGCGCCUCGGCGCGCUCGAGGUCCGCGGCGACCACGUCCGCGGCGUCCGCCGCUGGCUCGCGGGGCUGGGGCUGUGA